UGGGACGCGAGAUUCUCAGGCGAGCACACGAUCUCGCGGCGCGCUCACGUCCACGCCCUCGCAUCCACAAGCGCCGCGGUUAAAAAACCACGAGGCACCGUGUGUGUUUGUGUUGCUGUGGUGGUUGCCUUGGCUGCUUUGGAGAGUUGGGAGGAGCAGCGAGAGAGUGGGGGUUGAUGGCGGCGAUGGCGGCGGCCGUGGCCUCGUCCCCCUCCCCCUCCCCCGCCUCCACCCGCCUCCUCCGCGGCCACCACCCGCCCCCGUCGUGCUCGGCGCCGUCGCUGCUCCGCCUGACCAGGUCGUCGCGGAGGCUACGGCUGCGCGCCGCGGCGGCGGCGGAGGAGGCCGACGUGCUCCCCGGGCCUGGGGCCGAGGGGGAGAUGGCGACGGGCGGGAGGCUGGAGGAGCAACCCGAGGGGCCGAUCGGGGGCAGCCAGGUCGACAUCGGCGGGCUCGCCUUCCAGGGCGACAUGGGCGGAGGAGGGUUCGCCGGCGGGAGCGGGGGCGCCGGGGCCGGCGGCGGGGACGGCAACAAGAUGCUCGACCGCGGCAUCAACACGGCCAUCGUGCUCGGCGCCAGCACCUACGCCCUCACCAAGCUCCUCACCGUCGACCACGACUACUGGCAUGGAUGGACGAUCUUUGAGAUCUUGCGGUACAUGCCCGAGCACAACUGGUCGGCUUACGAGGAGGCCCUCAAGACCAACCCGGUGCUUGCCAAGAUGAUGAUUAGUGGCGUCGUCUACUCCCUCGGCGACUGGAUUGCGCAGUGCUACGAAGGCAAGCCGAUCUUCGAGUUCGACCGUGCUCGGAUGUUCCGGUCUGGCCUCGUCGGGUUCACGCUUCACGGGUCCCUUUCACAUUACUACUACCAUUUCUGCGAGGCACUGUUUCCAUUCAAGGAUUGGUGGGUUGUUCCCGCAAAGGUUGUGUUCGAUCAGACGGCCUGGUCUGCGAUAUGGAACAGUAUCUACUUCGUGGUCUUGGGGUUCCUUCGUUUGGAAUCACCGGCCACUAUUUCCAGUGAGCUCAAAUCCACGUUUUGGCCCAUGCUUACUGCCGGCUGGAAGUUGUGGCCUUUUGCACACUUGGUUACAUAUGGCCUAGUUCCUGUUGAACAAAGACUUCUGUGGGUUGACUGCGUGGAGUUAAUCUGGGUUACAAUACUGUCAACUUACUCCAACGAGAAAUCUGAAGCAAGGAACUCCGAGGACGCAUCCACAUCAAAUGCUUCCAAUGACAAUUCAAUAUAGCGAACGGUAUAGCCAGCCAAGCUGCCCUUUACCUUCAUCAUUUUGGGCUUGUAUAUAUUGUACAAUUUGUAGCUGCAGCUCUGCAGGUGUAACCUUUUUGCAAAGAUAAAUUAAACAUAUAAGAUGUGUAGCAACUGCCAAAGGCAAUCAGAACGAAAUUACCUUGCACUGGAUCAACUGUUGACGAGAUUAUGAGCUAUGCAAUUUUGGUAGCUAUUCUUUUGAUC